GUCGGGUACUCAACUGAAGCUUAGUACACACCUAGCUUACAUGGCCAAUGGCGAUCUCCGGGCGUAUCUUGCUAAAUCCCGGCCGUCCCAUGGGCUUCAAUUCAAGAGGCUUUCGAGAGAUAUCUCGCACACUUGACUAUAUUCAUGACCGACGGGUGCUUGUCGCAGACAUUGCCAGUCGGAACUUUCUUUUGAACUCAGAUCUAUCUCUCAAGAUUUGCGAUUUUUCGAAGGCGUCGCUUCUUCCAUUGGACUCCGACAUGGAGGCUGCGGACGAUCAUGGGCACAAUAUCCAAAUUGACAUUGACCUGCUUAGAGCCGUGAUCUAUGAAGUCGUAACCGGCAACAAGUGCCAGAUCAUUGAAGGCUGCUGGAAUGGGGAGUUCCGCAGUGCCCACUGUCUGUCGGAAGCAUUGAAAUUCGUCCAUCUGCGCUGCCCUUCUCCAAUGGCUCACUCGCACAGUCUCAACUUCCUGGAUUAUGUCAAGGUGUCCAUCAAAGAACGGUCGGCUACGACUAUUGUGAGUGCUUUAGGCUUGACGAUUGUUAUUCUGAUUGUCGGAGGGAGAGGGUUUCUGAAGCUUCGGGACUUCUAUCAGUCCUCAUAG